AUGAAUACACUAACCACUGAAAUCUCUAGCACCCACAUCUUCGUUACAGGCGCCACCGGCUUCAUCGGCGUGCAUGUUGUGGACACGCUGCUUUCCCGUGGCUUUAGGGCAGAGCUAAUACUACCUGCCAUCAACGGGGUCAAGGCUGUCUUGUCUGCGGCCGCGGAAGCACAAACGGUGAAACGGGUGGUGAUCACAUCAAGCUUCGCUGCAGUACUUGAUGUUGAGAGGGCGCGGAAGGCGUCUCAGUACUUUACCUACACGGCGGACGACUGGAACCCCCUUACGUACGAUGAAGCGGCCGAUCCAAAGACAAACGCGGUGGUGGCAUAUCGAGGGAGCAAGAAGUUUGCCGAACUGGCGGCGUGGGAAUUUGUGAAUAAUUUCGAGUGUCGUGGGGGUGGGUUGAGUUUUGACUUGGUCACCUUGUGUCCCCCCAUGACGUUUGGGCCUGUGGUUCAUCCCGUGGUUGGCGGGCCUUUGGGGCUGAAUGAUAGCAACAGCCAGCUGUGGAAGGUUGCGAUUGCGAGCCAGCAAGAAAAUGAGCUUCGUGUCGCGAGAGUACCAUUCUGGGUUGAUGUAAGGGAUCUGGCGCAGGCGCACGUCGAAGCACUCCUUCGGCCAGAAGCAGGGGGCAAACGGUACCUGGUUGCUUCCCAGGAGAGAUUCACGUAUGAAAUGGCAGCCGAGAUCAUCGAGCACGAGUUUCCCAAUUUUGUGAGACCAGAGGGAGCGCCAGUGGUGGAGAGGCAGGUGGUCGACGAGAGGCACGGUAUUGAUGGAGAGACAGCGGCGAGGGAGCUGGGCAUCUCAUAUCGCGCUUUUCGAGAGACAAUGGUGGACUUGAUGAGGCAAGUUGGUGCAAUGUAG